UGCAGAGAGAGAGAGAGAGGAGGGCGGCGCUUCAAACGGCUUCACGAAGCUGACAAGCCGGCCAGAGAGUGAGGUGGUGGUGAGCGCCCCACCCCGUUCGGCUCAGCCGCCUGGGGCCCCAGCACUGGCAGGUCGGACACACGGUGGGCAAUGCUCCGCCAGGAAACCCCCGUCGCCACAAAGCGCAGCGCCCCCGUUGCCCGACCCGCUCGCCGCUCUGGGGACUGUGUGCAGAUCUUCCAGCACCCGAACGACCCCCCAGCUCCCCGGGGCUGAACCACCCGCUGGCCAAACACUUAGCGGGCAGCCUUUUGUUUAAUUACCGUUGCGUUUAAAGGAUCUUGAAGGAACGACAUGAUUGCAUGAUCGGGGACGUUUAUCCACGAGGAGGUUGAAGAUGGGACCUCUCUGGAGCUGGAGGUCCGUCUGAGAUGGUCGGAGGGACAACUCAACUGGAUGCCCUGGCAAACGUGCAACAAUCCGCUCCGCCUCGAUUCCAGCACCCUCCGCCCGAGUCGCCCACCCGCUUCCGCACAUUCCAGAACGAGGAGCGGGAGAUGGUGGAGCGAAGCCUGCGCUCCCUGAAUGAGGGCGGAUUCUACUGGGGGCCGCUGCCCGUGGAGAAGGCUCACGCCAUGCUGAUAGCGGAGCCUGUGGGCACCUUCCUCGUUCGGGAUAGCACCCAGGCUGAUCACUUGUUCAGUCUCAGCGUCCGGGCCCACAGGGGGCCAGUCAGCAUGCGGAUCCAGUUCAAGAAGGAACUCUUCUGGUUUGACAACACUCACUUCGACUGCAUGGUGAAGCUGCUGGAAUACUGUGUGGAAAGCAGCCAGCGGAAGCCCUUCGUAUUCGAGGGCGGCGACACGAUCAUCUUUUCCACCCCGCUGCGGAAAAACCCUGUUCCCAAACUGCAGCAGCUAUGCAGGAAGAACAUCAUCCGCCAUUUCGGGAGAGACGGGGUGACAAAACUUCCUCUGGUGCCCAGCCUCUUAAAGUACAUUGAGGAAUUUCCAUUCAAAUAUAACUCCCAAGCCCGAGGGAUGAUAAUGAUGCCUUUCCUUUAUCGUCAUGGAACACCCAGUCUGGAAUUUGACUGCAGGGAGUACUGCCCGUUCACAGCGGAGCAAGGUGAUCCUGAUUGCCACUGAUAUCCUCAGUCUGUUCCUCAGCCCUGGAUCGGGCCAAUGAAGGGGACCACAUAAAGAGUCCGCAAGUGAGACCCUUUCACAAAGGGGAUGCCUGCUGCGUGGGGCCAACGAGCUCUGCGGUGACAGACACUCGCUGAGUGAGCAAGGAGCAUGAAGUAGAGAGAAAUAACAUUCAACAGGACACAGAAAUCAUCGCCACACGACAUUACGUUUCAUGAUUUCACUUGAAGCCGAAAUAGUUUAAAUAUAAUUCAUUAUAUAUUUUAAUUAUAUAAAUAAAUAUAUUUUGAUACAUAAUCAAAGAUGUAAAAUUUGGUCAGAUGUUCCAUGAAAUGGCAAAUGAGGAACUGUCAUAUGAAAUAUUAAUUAGAACAAUGAGCUCUGAGGAGAGAUUGGAUAGGCUGCAAGUGUUCACUCUGGGACAGAAGUGAAAGAGGGAAGACUCAAUUGAAGUCUGUAAAACCAUCUAGAUACAAGAAAUAGGAAGGGCAUAUUUCACUUGCAGAGGGGUCAAAAAAAACAAUGGGCACAGGUUUAAAGUAAUCAGUAGUUAGAGAGAAGAAGUCUUUUCACCCAGAGGGUGUUGGGGGUCUGGAACUCACUGCCUGAAGAGGAGAUGGAGGCAGAAAUCCUCAUCAUAUUUAAAAAAAAAUAUACCUGGACGCGAACUUAAAGCUGUGACCUGCAAGACAACAGAUGUAAAAGGAUGGAUCGCAAUGGGUAGAUCACAGGCACAGUGGGCCCAAUGGCCUCCUCCAGUGUCAUAACCACGAUGACCUGUGAAGUUGGUGGAUUUCCAUUGGUCUUGAAUCAGGAGGUUGCUGUUGACAGUCAAAGGCCUGGGGUCGGGUACGAAUAUCGGGCACAUUGUGGUUUGCUUCCUCUGUUGGGAUGACAGGUGUACAUUAGGCUGGUUCUGCUGUGCUGUCCUCUGAGUGGUUAGUCCAUCCAUCGUUGCCCGGUCAAUGUUAGUCCAUCCAUUGUUGCCUGGUCAAGGUAACAGAGCCCAAUUGGCAGCCUAAGGAAAUAUUCAGAAUGAACACAAUCUUUGAAGAAAGGAGUGUGAAUUUGGCUUGUCAGGACACUUUAUCGCAAUGCUCAUUUUAUGUUCUGAGUUAAUUUCCUUGAGAAACUUUAUGUUGUUCAAUUCCAAGUUUUGAUGCAAAGUUAUUGAAAAAUACUAUAAAAUUUCAAUAUUGUAUUAACCAAUUCUAUCCCAACAUUGCUUCUUUCAUAUUUUCUUGCAACAUGGAAGGAGGCUGUUCAGCUCAAGUCUGUGCUGCCUCUCAGAGCAAUCCCAUCACCCCACUUAAUUCACUUAUUUUCUCUCUCUCUGCCCAUUUACACCGUCCCUGCUUCUUGUACCUAAGCAUGGACUAAUUUACAGUAACCAACGAAUCUGCUAAGCAGCACAUCUUUGGGAUGUGGGAGGAAAAGGGAGCACGGAGGGGACAUCGCAAGGAGAACAUGCAACCUCUAGACAUUAUCCAAGGUGAAGAUUAAACCUGGGUUCCUCUCCCUGCAGCACCAUUGGGUCAAAACAAGUAUUUGUUAGUAAUGCUCCUGUGGAGCACCUCAGGGCAUUUUUACUCUGGUAAAGAGUCAAUACAAAUGCAAGUAGUUGUUAGUGAUGCAUUGGGUCAAACUGGAUAAAUGAUGUGCCAUAUUUUAGGAACUAUGGAAUUGGGAGAAUGUGUGGGUCACGUUAAUGCAGCUGUGAGUGCUCAUCAACUCUCAACAGGCACAGAAGUAAGUAAGUCUCUGAUGAGAACAGUUUGCUGAUGUCUUCACUGUCUCUGGGAGUAGUAUUCACUCACCCUUUCAAGGUUGGGACCUAUCUCACAACCUUGGGUUUCAUGCUAUCGAAAAGGGAGAGCAGGAACUUGUGGCAAUUGAUCUAUGUCUUUGGAUUUUACUCUCAACAAUCAUAGGAUACCUAGGAAUGUGUAAACUGUAUUUCAUUUCUCCACCUGUAUUUUAUCCCUCUGGAAAUCCAUCUGCAAUCUUGAUUUUUCGAGCUGCCAAAUGACCACAUGAUAACUAGGGAAGGAUAAAUCCUCUGAAGCAUUGAGUGGGGUUGUGUUUUAAACCAUUGCAGCAUUAUCCUGCUGCCUUCUUUUACAAUCUCACAGUCAUCAAUUUGACAAUUGGAUUCCUGCCUGAAACUUGCUUUCUGUAGCUCCCAGUCUAAUUUUAACUUUUGCAAUGCUUUAAAAUCUUUUUGCUGUACAUUUUUCUCUUGUUCGGUUUCAUUGUUUUCCUCCAGAAGUUACACUAGCAUAAUAUGAAUUCCAGCUCUGCUGCCCUCUAUUGAUGCUGGUGUUUAUCAAGGAACUGAGCCACUUUUGCUAUUUUUUUUGAGAAAGUAGCUAUUAGUAAAAAGUAAAUAGUUUUAUUAAUAAGAAAAUUAGAUCAAGGAGCAGAUACAGUCAACACAGCCCCUUAGACUUGUUCCCCCAUGUAAUAAGAUUAAAGUUUGCCUCCAAUCCCAUAUCCCUUGAGUUCUUUAGAGUUCAAAUAUAUUUUUAUUUCAGCUUUGAUUAUAAUCAAUAUUCACAGAUCUUUGCAAAGAGAAUUCCAAACAUCAAAACAAUUUUUUGGUUGAUUUGUUGUGUGAAUGUCAGGGCUGCCAAUUGGACUAGUAAAUCUAGCCAGGCCAAAAAGGCAAGUAUCAGAUGAUCAGGGAUUGCUACUCAAGUAAUACUCCGGGCACUUGAUAAAUUGAAGCGUCCUUUGUUACUGUGUGCCGUGUGCCUUAUGUCAAGUGUGUAAGGCCAAGAAUCCAAUGAAAUCUUUUAUAAUAAAAAUUGCAGCUUCUGGUUUAAAUAAAAAGAAAUGUGGCAUCUUUGGCAUUCCCCAGACAGACUGCCCAGAACCAGACCUAUCAGCUUUGAGUAGCAACUCUGGGAGAAAGUGACUGGUUCCCAUUGUAAGACCUUCAUUUAUCUUAAGACUGAGAAUUACCAAGAUAAUGAUUCAGUUAGAGUUAAAUCAAGCGCUUCAGCCUUUAUCAGUGAAUUAAACAUAGGUUAUGUAUGAAGAUGGCAGGAGAACCAAAAAAAAUGGCAAUAGUUAGGCCCAAUAUGUUAAUGAAAAAAGCAAUGAUUAUACUCUUUUAAUAAAGAUACCAGUAAAUACAUCUGAUAUUUUAACAAAGAUGACAGUAAAUGACAGGUCUUGACCCAAAAUGUCGACCGUCCAUUCCCCACCACUGCUGAUUUCCCUCCGCAGUUUGUUGGUUGCUCCAGAUUCCAGCAUCUGCAGACCCUUGUGUCUUGUGACAGUAAAUGUGCUCAGUUUGGCAAUAACUAUGGUCAAAGAUGACAAUAACAAGGCCCAUCAUUGACAACAGAUACAGCCUCAGUCCUAGUUGUAGGCCCAUUGGGUCUAACUCGACUAAAUCAACAGUCUUGUUCCAACUGUAGUAACCAACAAGGUGAGAGCGAGUGGUCAGUUUGCCUCCAUCAAGCAAACCCAAGAUUGAUAGCCUGAUGACUGCACUAACAUCCACUUGUGCUCUGAUACCAUUUCAAUGCAUCAUCACCACAGUAGUUUCCCUCUCUCUGGGUUCCUACAUUUACAGAUCCUACUCUUACCCUCCAGUUGCUUGUGCAUUGUAAACCUAAGAGCAGGCUUACACAACUUGUCUUUGAGUUUAGUUGUCCAGUUGCAGAGAACACCUAAAGAUAGAGAGUGUUCCCAUCCUUCACUCCCACAAGUCAUUGAAAACCCAUUGAUCUCUCAAGGGAAAUAAAUGGCUUGAUACUGUUCAAUGUUCUUGGUUGCUUGAAAGGUGGAUUGGUUAUAGGUGUUGAUACCUGUAUUUUGGGCUUAUUGACAUUCCAAUUAUUUCAUGAACAGUUUAGAUCUCAUUACAUCAAAUUACACCUCGAGAUCUUGGUGUUGGCAUGUCAUACAUAUCCGUGACUAUUUGCAGAUAUAACCCCAUGUUCCUUAAUAUCUAAACACAAAUACAGACUUGGAGAUACAGAAAGCUGCUGCCCUAACAUCCAAUCCCAAUUGUGGACAUAUAGUCCUUUAAUGCUCUUUUUUAAAAUUGUAACCAUCCCAUGGAUAAUUAUCGCUAGGUAUUAGCUCUUUGGUUCUCAAUGGUAAAUCUAAACUCCCAUGUCUCCGUCCAGUCUGAUGACUGAAACAAUCCAGUUAGUUUCUAUGGGGAAUGUCAGUGCCUUCGUAAUUUAAAAUACUCUCUCACUUCACAGAGUCACAUUAACCCUUCCACAUUGUGCCUUUUUUAAGUAACUGCAACAUCUCCAAGACCAGUCCAAUUCAAGAUGCAUUAUCACCUACGUGUUACCCUAUAUAACCAAUUAUAUUUGCCUCUAUCCUGGUCAGGCCACACUUGUUGCCCAACACAAACUACUACUUCUAGUGAGAUCUUGGCUUAUAAUCAUUAUCCUAAAGUGUCAGGAGUAAGCAGGUCAUCAGUUUGCAUUUCUUUUAAAAUUAAAACAAAACUUUAUGGGCAGUGUCAGAGAAACAGCAACACAAGAGACUGCAGAUGCUGUAAUCUGAAAAAAGGGUCAAUAUUCUAUAUGCCUUCCUAACAGCUUGCUGCAGCUGAAACUUAACUUCCAAUAAUCCAUGUAGAAGGGCACCUAGAUCUCUCUGGACACUUUAUGAACAGCUAUCAAGCAGUUCUAUCAAGCAUUUUUUUGUCCCCUGAAGCCUGGUGGUAAAUUUAGUUUAAGUCUGUCAACACACAUCCCGUUAGAGCAUUGUUCCUUAGGCCAGCCUGUAAGCCUUUAAGACUGUAUAAAUGUAGAGUCCAAGUCCCAAAGAAAUGACCUUUAUCUGGAAGUAAAUGCACAUUAUGCAUCUGAAAAACUCAAUAUCUGGAGUGCACGCUGAUACCCUCCUUUUGUUGUUUCUGUGUGAACUGAAUAUCUUCCAAGAGCACUGGAAACUUUCAGAAUUGAUUAGAUGCAGCUUAAAGUUGCCUUGUGCUUCCUGGUAAGUGGAAGGUACUCUUUUGUGUAUAAUUUUUUUAAUUGGGUUUUUUCAUUCUCCAUUAUCUACACACACACACACACACACACACACACACACACACAAACAUGCAUGAAUACAUGUACAAGUGUAUGCAUCUGUAUGCCUCUCUGUUUGUGUCCCUCCUUGACUCCAUUCCCCCGGUAACUAUUCAGGCCAGCCUUACUGCCACUUCUAUAUCAAUAAGAAGUCAAAAAGACCGUGUAGCAACUCAAAGGUGACAAGAACUCAGGAACAGAUGGUCUCCCUACUGAAAUUAUAAAAUUGUCACUGAAGCUCUUCAUUAUCUCAAUGUCCACCUCUGGGAAUAGGAGACACUAUAAUCAUCACCAUCUUCAACUGGGGUAACUACAGAAGGAUUUCCUUGCUGUCUGUCACAUGACCAGGGUCCUCCUCUACCACGUCUUCCUAGUGGCUGAAGAGCUGCUCCUUCAAUCAGUGUGCUUCCAUCUAUGUAUUGAACACGUUCUUCAUGGUGUGACAACUAAACACAUGAGAAAACACCUGGCCUUCUUUGACCUCACUAAAGAUGUUAACUCCAUCAGUUGGGAGGGACUGUGGAACAUCCUCCUCAAAUCCAGCUGUCCACAGAAAUUUCCCCCAUAGUGACAUGCAAGUCACAAUGCUAACCAAUGGAUCUACAACAGAACCAACCUCAGUGAAGACUGGUGUCAAACAAGGCUGUGUCAUUGCACCAACACUUUUUUCAAUUUUCCUCACUGAAAUGUUGUGCCUCAACUGCAGUAAGCUUCUUAUAGGAGCAGAGCUAAUCUUCAGAAUAAUGGGAAGCCAUUCAAUCUAUAGCAACUACUCUCCACAAGUAAUCCUCAGUAAUCGAGUUGGUCUAUACAGAUGAUGUUUGCGCUUGUGCAUGUUCAGGGUUGAGUUCCAGGAUAUUGUUCACUCUAUAACUAAUGCAUAGAAGAGGAUGGACCUUACACUCAGCUUCUGAAACACCACAUUCCUCCACCAAUCUGCACCUAUUGUACCCACAAUGUCCUCCAACAAUAAAGGUACAUGACAAGAUCCUGGAAAACAUGGACCAGUUUCCAUACCUCCACCAGUCUGUGAAGGCAGCCAUCGAUGAUGAAAUUCAGCACUGGAAGGAUAAGUGACACAACUUCAUUGUCCACUCCCAGGCUGUUGCCUCGAUCAUUGAGGCUCUAACUACUCUCAGCCACGUCUGACUGGCCACUUUUUUCACAUGCCUGACAUCAGACUCCUGAAGCAGACACACUAUUCCAAGGACGACUGUGGGCGCAGAUUACCAAGUGGGUGGCGAGAAAGAUUCGAGGAUGUGCUUCUGAAGAGACGCAACAUCCCCAGUGACUCGUGGGAACCUCUGUUUCAUGACUGCUUAAAAUGGAGGAGGAGUGUCCAGGAUGGUAUUGAGAACUUCAGGAGGACACAGAAGCUCCGCAUCAGCGGUGAAAGGAACCCACCACCUCACAACCUACCUGCCCACUCCAACAGCGACUACCUGCCCCAUCUGUGGAAAAGUCCAAGGCCCACACACCAGCCUCAUUGGCCACCUCAGAACCCAUUAAACUUGGAGUGAAAGCAAGUCAUCCUCAAUCCCAAAAGGACUGCCUGAGAAUAAAUAUGUGUGCAUAUGGGUGCGCAUCUGUGUUUGUGUGUUGGGAGUGGGGUAGAUGCAUGUGUGUGCAUGUGCUUAAUGUGCAAUCCCAAAUUAUUUCCAUUACAUUUCCAGCUUCCAAAUGGAAGUACAAAAUUUAGUGAAAUUCCAGAAAAGGCACUUGCUUUCUCAUUUAAACCAAUGCUUUCAUUUGUUUUAAAGGAUUCGCUGGUUCGUUUGGCACAUGUUUUAUUUUCAAGCCAUAUUCUAUCAUAAGUUCUAGAUCCCUGAUCUACACUGUCACCCAUUUAAGCAGUAUCUCAAUUUAAAAUUUUUCUGGUGUCUCCUUGCUCUUACCUAUCCUUGUAACCUCUUCUAGCCCGACAACCCUUUGAGAUAAAAAUACCCCUCCAAUUCUGACCUUUUGAGAUCCUUGGUUUUUAAGUCUCUGCUCAUUUCUUCAGCUUGCAAGAUUCUGGAAUUCCCAGCCUAAAUCUAUUUUCCAUCUGGUUUUCUCUCCUCUCUAAAAACCCACAUUAUUUGGCAAUCUGCCGUAUUGGUCAACUUACAUUACGUGUCAAUAAUGUUCUGACUGAAAUGCCUGGAGGUUGUUGUUUCUGUGAUGAACUUUCAUUUUGCACUGUAUAUUUUAGCU